AUGGUAUACUUAACCGAUGUAUGGGAGCUUGAAUUAGUUCAUGCAGCUGCAAUUAUCAAUAUAUGGACCGGAUCAGUUAGAGUUUUGCCCAUAUUCUUCGCUCAUCUUGCUGACGCUUUUCUUGGUAACAAUAUCGUCGUCCUCUUUAGCAGCCUUUCCUCCAUGAUAGGAAUUGGUCUGAUAUGGUUGUCAACACCACCUGUGCUAGGCAAGUCAAUUGGAAGUUGCACCCAAUACAAGUCCGAAUGCAUUGGCAAGCAGCAAAAGCAACUCCUUUACGCCGGGCUUGCCCUUACUUCGGUGGGUAUGGCUUCUCAAUCUGCUUGCUAUGGCCCCUUCGCACAUGAGCAAGUAGAGGAGAGUGCCGCUGAUAAUAAUUGUGAUUGUGUUUGUGUUUGUGUUUGUGUUUGUUAUGUUGGGUACAAUCUUACUCCAAGACCGGAAGGGAGCCCCUUAACUACAAUCUUUCGAGUCCUUUUCGCUUCUACGUGUAAGAGCUUUUGUACACGACCUCAUGAUAUGAAUGAGCUCUAUGAGAAACCUGACCCUCGCUUAGAACUAUUGCCUCAUACAAAGAGCCUUGGGUGUCUAGACAAGGCUGCAAUUAUCAAUACACAACUAGUGUUGGAGCAACAAGAGAAAACAAGAUGGAGGCUUUGCAAAGUAACUGAAGUAGAGGAAACCAAGAUAUUUAUACGCACAAUCCCCUUAUGGAUGACCUUCAUCUUUUAUGGUAUUAUAUCCUCUCUAAGUGCUACCUACUUUCUUGAGCAAGCCAAACGACUAGAUCCUAGGGUGGGAAAGGCAAAAGCCCCUCUUAUACUCUUCUUGUGGUUCUAUGACAAAUUUAGAAGAAGCUUCACUGCUAGCUUUUUUUGUACAUUUAUAGUAAGUGGUCAUUUUCUCCCUCGAAUUGGGAUGGUUGUCGCCAUGGUCUUUGGUGCACUAUCUUGUAUCACAGCUGCAAUGGUUGAGACAAGAAGGCUAGGAAUUGUUCAAAGUCAUGGAUUAAUCGACAAGCCAAAAGAAAGAGUACCUAUGACCAUAUUUUGGCUUUUGCCACAAUUCGUGUUGCUUGGUGGCCUUGAUGGCAUUUAUAAGUUGUGUGCUUUUGCCUUUUCAUAUGAUCAAGCCCCUCAAUCUAUGAUUAAGUACUUCAAUCUUUUCGCAAGGGGGUUCUUUGGACUUGGGAUCAUGGGAAGUGUUGCUAUAGUCUACCUUGUGGGUAUGAUUAGCGAAUUGAAAACGGGGACAAGUUGGUUUCAUAGCACAUUGAAUUUAAGCCGCUUAGACAAUUAUUAUUGGUUGUUAGCUUCAAUGGUUACCGUAAAUCUUGCUAUUUAUCUUUUGGUGGCAAGCUUUCAUCGCUAUAGGGAUUCAAGAUUUGCACAGUGGCAGGAAAGGAUGCUUGUCUUUAUGAAAGAGGAUGAUUAUUGA